UGCACUCCUUCCCUGUUGCUGCUGCCUCAAUAGAAUUGUUUCAGUUCUGUUUAUCAAGAGAAAGGAGAGCGUUUUCAGACAUUGUGAGUACUCAGUUUUUGUUUGCAGUUAGAUUAAGAAGAGGAAAGUUGACCCAAAGCUCUUGUAGAGGUCAUCUAAUCUCUUUGGUUGAGAAGAUCUGUCCUCCUACAGACUCACCUUCAGCAUUAUAAAGGAAUACAUCUUCCUGAUGACAAGCCCUUCUUUGCAGGGGUACCUCAAACUUGGUUAAUCCAGAAGCAGAAUCUUCUAUUACAAAAAUUUAAGAGACUCAUGAGAAAUUAGAGUGCUGCUCGCACAUCUUUGGACUACUACUUACCCACAAGAUCCAGGGCAUUCACAAUGAGCAUUAGUGAAGACGAUGUGGAGAAGUUUCUUGAUGGCAACCCUGCUUUUGCCAAGCAGUAUUUUGAGAAGAAACUAAAAGCAGAGUCCUGGGAUAACAAUGAGAGUGAAAUACUGUUUGAAUUGAUCCAAGACAUGCAAGAAAGCAUCAACAUGGAGAAAGUUGUUUUCAAGACCUUGAGAAGAAUCAGGUCCCUUAUUCAUGCUGACCGCUGCAGUCUCUUCAUGUACAGGCAGAGAAAUGGCACUCCUGAGCUGGCGACAAGGCUUUUCAACAUCCAAGAAGGAAGUACCCUGGAGGAAUGCCUGGUCUCCCCAGACUGCGAGAUUGUCUAUCCACUGGACAUAGGCAUUGUGGGCCAUGUUGCUCAGACCAAGAAAACCAUGAACAUCAAGGAUGUCCGUGAGUGUGCCCAGUUCAGCCCAUUUGUUGAUGAGCUCACCAACUACACUACAAAAAACAUCCUUGCGACACCCAUCUUGAAUGGCAAAGACUUGGUUGCUGUCAUUGUGGCUAUAAAUAAGCUGAAUGGCCCACACUUCACCAGCUCUGAUGAAACACUUUUUCUGAAGUAUCUGAAUUUUGCAUCUUUGAACUUGAAAAUAUAUCACUUGAGUUAUCUUCACAACUGUGAGACUCGAAGAGGCCAGGUGCUGCUGUGGUCAGCUAAUAAGGUUUUUGAGGAGCUGACGGACAUUGAGAGGCAGUUCCACAAGGCUUUUUAUACAGUGAGGGCAUACCUGAACUGUGACCGAUACUCGGUCGGCCUCCUGGACAUGACAAAGCAGAAGGAAUUUUUUGACCUGUGGCCAGUCCUGUUGGGAGAAGUACCUCCCUACUCAGGACCUCGAACCCCGGAUGGCAGGGAAAUAGUCUUUUACAAGGUCAUUGAUUAUAUAUUACAUGGAAAAGAAGACAUUAAAGUCAUCCCAAAUCCUACCCCGGAUCACUGGGCACUAGUUACUGGACUGCCAGCCUAUGUAGCUGAAAGUGGAUUUAUUUGCAACAUUAUGAAUGCUGCUGCAGAUGAGAUGUUUAACUUUCAGGAAGGUCCUCUAGAUGAAUCAGGAUGGACUAUCAAAAAUGUUCUCUCCAUGCCAAUAGUGAAUAAAAGGGAAGAAAUUGUUGGUGUUGUCACAUUCUAUAACAGAAAAGAUGGGAAACCAUUUGAUGAGCAGGAUGAAACCCUCAUGGAGUCCUUGACACAGUUCCUGGGUUGGUCUGUACUCAACACAGACACAUAUGAUAAGAUGAACAAGUUGGAGAACCGUAAGGACAUUGCUCAGGACAUGGUGCUCUACCACGUGAAAUGUGACAAGGAUGAAAUCCAGGAAAUUCUGCCAACACGAGAAAAACUGGGGAAGGAGCCAAGUGAGUGUGACGAAGAGGAGCUGGCAAGCAUUCUGAAAGAAGAACUCCCGGGACCCACUAAGUUUGAAAUCUAUGAGUUCAGGUUCUCUGAUUUUGACUGCACUGAGCUGGAGCUGGUGAAGUGUGGCAUUCAGAUGUACUACGAGCUUGGCGUGGUGAAAAAGUUCCAGAUCCCACAGGAGGUUCUGGUAAGGUUUGUGUACUCUGUCAGCAAAGGCUACCGGAAGAUAACUUACCACAACUGGCGGCACGGCUUCAACGUUGCACAGACCAUGUUCACGCUCCUGAUGACUGGCAAACUGAAGCGUUACUACACUGACCUUGAAGCCCUUGCAAUGGUAACUGCUGCUCUGUGCCAUGAUAUUGACCAUAGGGGAACCAACAAUCUCUACCAAAUGAAAUCUCAAAAUCCUUUAGCUAAACUUCAUGGAUCCUCUAUUUUAGAGAGACAUCACUUGGAAUUCGGAAAAUUCUUGCUCUCUGAGGAGUCACUGAAUAUAUGUCAGAACCUCAACCGCAGACAGCACGAGCAUGUGAUUCACCUGAUGGAAAUUGCCAUUAUAGCAACAGACCUGGCACUCUACUUCAAAAAGAGAACAAUGUUUCAAAAGAUCGUUGAUGAGUCUAAGACAUACGACAGCGUGACUGCCUGGACUGAGUAUCUGUCUCUGGAGACAACAAAGAAGGAGGUUGUCAUGGCCAUGAUGAUGACUGCCUGUGACUUGUCAGCUAUCACAAAGCCUUGGGAAGUCCAGAGUAAGGUAGCUCUACUGGUUGCAGCUGAGUUCUGGGAGCAAGGAGAUUUGGAAAUAAGCGUCCUUCAGCAACAGCCCAUUCCCAUGAUGGACCGAAGGAAAGCUGCUGAGCUUCCAAAGCUUCAAGUGGGUUUCAUUGACUUUGUGUGCACAUUUGUCUAUAAGGAAUUUUCCCGUUUCCAUGAGGAAAUACAGCCUAUGCUUGAUGGGCUGCUGAACAACAGAAAUGAGUGGAAGACCCGUGCUGAUGAGUAUGAUGCAAAAAUGAAAGCUCUAGAGGAAGAAAAGAAAAAAGAGGAAGAGAGAAUGGCUGCAAAGAGAGGUGAAAUAACCUGUAAUGGAGGAACAGCUCCAGCUUCCAAAACCUGUAGCAUACUUUAGACCUAUUCCCACUGCAAUAUAUGCCACCCAAAAUGAGAAUGCCCAUAAUUAAAAAAAAAAACCAAAACAAAACCAAAACCCAAACCAAACCAAAACCAACAAACAAAAAUGGCAUACAAAUACAUUCCUGAUUGGACUAUUCUGAUAAUUUAUUAGGCUUGUCAUCAGCCAGGGAAGGACUAGAUCUUGUUUGCCUUAAUUGUAUCUCUUCCUGAUGGUAGGGAGCUAGUUCUGGCCUGUCUCCUGUUCCUCCAUUUAAUGCACCUGAUGUCAGAUGGCAUAUGACAAGUCAGAACAACAUUUGGCCCAAUAAAUCAGGUUGCAAGAUUAUGGAAAAGCAUUUUUCCUGCACUGAAACGCUUCUUAUCCCAAAGCUGAUGGGGAUAGUCCUGCUCCAUGCAACCUCAUGAGACUGACAGAGAAUGCAAUCAUAGCCUGCACAGUGAGAAAAAUGGAGAAGAGAUAAAGUUACCAUAUCUAAGUCUGUAUCUGCCAGGAUAUCAGAAGGAAACCUGAGGGUUAGGAUAAAGCAUGAAAACUGACCAUAGUAAACUUCUGAACUGCUCUAAAAUGUUAUGAUUCCACGUAAAUCCAAGAAACACUCUGACAAAUAAUAGAUCUGCAUUCACUUCAAGAAUCUGGGUAGGUUGCUAUUCCAAAGCAUGGAGUCAUUAAUGCAACACACAGUAGCUGCCUUCUCUGGGAGCAGGAUGCACUCUGUGUGGUAAUUGAAGAUUCAUUCCUUCAUGUGUCAUUUUGACAUGACAGUGUUAUCAUUACCCAUUACAUUUCCUCUUACAAUUAACCAAGUAACCUGAGUAGUGACAUCUCAUAAAAUUGUUCUGUUUUGCCUCAUAAUGCCAGUUAAGACAAUUGAUGAGAACCAACUGUCCUUCCUUUCCUCUGUGUGUUCUGAGAUGUCUGGUUUUUAGAUUAUACUCCAGACUUGUGGCUCUUAUUUCAGAUGAAAGUUACUUUUCAUGUUUAUUCAUGCAAAAAUAGAACACUCAAUUACUCAAUUUUGUAGUAGUAGAGACACCCUAAUGUCCUGCUUUCCUCCCCUCCCCCUCUUUCUUUCUAAAAAUUGUUUGGAGAUCUGUUUUGCUGGGGAUUUUCUUCUUCUAUUACUCCUGCUACCUUCAGGGUUUUACCCUUCAGUGUAUUGUUUUGCAUUAAAAAUACUGCAAGUAAAAAGAAAACUAGAGCUGUGAUGG